UUGUGUCUAGGCAUUAUUGCAUUCCUUGUUACUUGAUUAUAGGUAACUAGAGGAGUACAGUACAUACAUAGUUAGGCUAUCAUCGCUUUCAAGUGCCACGUCGUCCUUGAUUGCAACAUGGCGAGGUCCGUGGGUUUAAUGAUUGGCGCGACCCCGUCAAAGUUGAGUGUGAGCACGCCGCCCAUCGUGGAAGCGCUGACUUUCGGGAAGCUGUAGAGUUGAUUGCUGGUCACGUGGGCGUGCGAUACUUUGAUAUGAUCGCCGUACUGCGUUUGGAGCUUGGGAAGCACCCCCGAGUUGGAUAGGAUGAUUGUGGGUCUCCCCAGCGUGAGCUUCGGUGCUUUCAUCAUGGAUUUCAUGUUGAGCCCCAUGAGAAUGCCAACGACGAGUCCGUCUUGCCGUACCGUGCACUCGUGCAAGUGUUGGCCGUAGGCAUUUGCAGUUGUCCAAUAUGGGGGUUCCGUCGACUCAAUGGAAGAGGUUGCAUCACUCGUGGCUUGAACGGUGUGGGAAAACAUAGGCAGCGCCGUUGCAAACAAUGCCAAAUGUUCGGGGGCGACUACAGGUAGAUGGCCCAUCGCGCCCAACGUCCUAGCAUCCGCCACCGUGCCCAGCGCGAUUUUCGUCGACGAUGCUGUUGCCAUGUCGGCAAUAGCGUGGAUGAGAGCCGCCCCGAGGGCACCCGUGACGCUCACAUGGUGGGUUUUGCACUUAGCCACAAAGCGCGACGUGGUAGCAGCGUCGAAUUGGGUAGUGAGACCAAGGGGUUUGUUAUCUCGCAACAUCAUGAAGGACGCUUUAGCUGCUGGCUCGAUGGGAAACGCAAACGCAUGACGUGCACGUAUUCCAGACAAGACAGUGUGGGCGAAUGACUGGAGGCUUCGGAGUGGAUACGACCGAACCGCACGCUUGGCCACAUCGUCACAGCUGGACACGAGGGGCAAGGGGGGAAGGGUUUUCAUAUCAAUAGUGGUGAGGGCGAUAAGGAAAUCAUGUGCGAGGCAGCUGAGAGAUCGACCAUCGGCGAUGGCGUGAUGAACUAGGAACACGACGUUCGUGGUGUUGGAUUGCGGUUGCCAGAGUACACGAAGCAUAGGCUCGCCGCACCUUAAGGGGGUGCCACGGCCUUCCGCCCACAGUUUUGCGAAUGGGGUAUUCGAAGGCAGUUCAAUGAGGGGGAGACGCAGAGCAUGGUCCACCUGCAGGACAAACGGUGUGGCGACACUGUCGUACGGUACAAGUUUGGUUCGGAGAAACGUGUGGCGAGUUUGCAGCUGCGACAAGGCGGCUUGAACGUUUUCGAUCGACAGGGGGGGACAGUGUUCGGCAUGGUGCAAUAUCAUGUUGAAUGAGAGCGUGUAGCUUCCAUUGACCAUGGCACCUGCGGCAAACAUGGAUUCUCGAAGGGAAAGGGCGAGUAGGGUGCCGUGAGGAGCCGCAGAUUUGUCAAAAGUGCUGCGUGCGCUGGUGGUUACCAAAGUUGGUCGACGUUGUCGCUGAAAGCAAGAGGGGGAGAAGAAUACCGUUGAGAUGGCUCGCUGGAGCCCGGGGAUUUGAAGAACGAGCACCAACGCAACAGUGAUCGCGGCAACUGUCGCGGGGGCAACCGCAAAAGGCACUUCCGUGGACAUGGCUUGGACGAGGC